AUGCAUAUUACAACACAUUUUAUUCUUGUCUUUGUUCUACUGAUAAUUGUCGUUCAAGGUCCCGGUGGUGGUGGAGGACGAGGAGGUGGAGGCAGUAGUAGUGGAAAUCGUGGAAGUAGUAGUAGCAGUCGUGGAAGUAGAAGUGGAUCAGGUGGAUUUGGACCAUUUUGUUUUUCUAUUAAAUGUGGACUUUUUCUUUUUCUUCUUACCUUAUUCGUAAUAGCGUUUUGGAUUGUCGCAAUAAUAUGCUUGUUGGUGCUUUGCUGGUUUAAAUGUACAAGUGGGAUACCAUCACAAAUGAAUGAAACUUUUAUCGAGCAAGGUUCUGUAAAAGAUUAUAACUAUGAAGAGUAUCCUUUCAAAUCAGGUGUUUGGUCUUUAGAAUAUAAUCAAUAUAAAAGCUGGCAUGGACCUUAUCAAGUAAUACUCACGUUCGAUCAUUCUUUAGGCAAAGUGAGUGGCCGAGGAACAGAUGACGUCGGUAACUUUACUAUCGAUGGUAUUUUUUCUUCUAAAACUCUGCGACUAGCUCUGAAGCAAAAGUAUGAAGCUGGAACAGGUGACCGAACAGAAAAUCUCGGUCAUAAAUCAACCAUACAAUUGAGUUGGAGUUCAAAUAAAAAUCGAUUUGAAGGUACAUGGUAUGUUCAAACAUUCAAGUAUAGAGACAAUGGUUAUUUCCAAUUAGAAUUUGAUGCAAUAUCAAUACCUUUGCUCAAUAAAAGUAACGAAUAUUAG